AUGGUUCGCGUUUGUGUGUUUACAGUGGCGGAUGCAGCAGUAUCGGAACGACGUCGAAACUUUGUUUCCCGAAUGAAUUCCUCUUCGGCGUCGCGACAGCCUCAUAUCAAAUUGAAGGCGCGUGGAAUGUCUCUGGCAAAGGUGAGAACAUUUGGGACAGGUAUACUCACACUCGUCCAGAGCGUAUCUUCGACCACAACACCGGCGACGUGGCCGCCGACUCCUACCACCAUUACAAGCAGGACGUCAAGCUGCUCAAGGACCUGGGAUGAAAUAAAUCAAGACGGCAUAAAAUACUACAAGAAUGUGAUCGAGGAGCUUCGUCGGAACGGCAUCGAGCCGCUGGUGACCAUGUACCACUGGGACCUGCCGCAGCCGCUGCAAGACCUGGGCGGCUGGACCAACCCCGUCAUCGCUGAAUACUUCUUCGAUUACGCAAAGGUCCUCCUAGAUAACUUCAGCGAUAGCGUCAGGUUCUGGUUAACAUUCAACGAGCCGUUUACGUUUUGUCACGACGGGUACGGCGGCAGCGACGCGCCCGGCGACCGCUCCAGCGGCAUGGAGGACUACCUGUGCGCGCACACCGUGCUGCGGGCGCACGGGGCCGUCUACCGCAUGUUCCACAGAUAUUACAAGCCGAUAAACAAUGGUUUAAUGGGCAUAACGCUCGACCUAGCCUGGAUUGAACCCGCGUCCACGUCGGUGGAGGACCGCGAGGCCGCCGAGAUCGCACGACAGUUCAUCUUUGGAUGGUACGCGCACCCAAUAUUCACAAAGGAUGGUAAUUAUCCUCCUGUCAUGCGCAAGUUGAUAGACGAAAUGUCAACACGGCAGAACUUUGUGAGGUCACGUCUACCCCACUUCACUAUUGAGGAAGUGGAGAUGAUCCGGGGCGCUUACGAUUUUAUGGGAUUAAACCACUACACAACGUACCUGGCUACGAAGACCAGUCGGCCGAUCAGUCCUAUACCCUUCUUCGACGCCGAUAUGGGAGUGAAGUUAUCACAGAACAAGGAUUGGCCUAAAUCAAACUCUACAUGGUUGAAGGUGGUACCAUGGGGCCUCAGGAAGACACUCAAUUGGAUUAAGAGCACAUACAACAACCCUCCAGUGCUGAUCACCGAGAACGGUAUAUCUUUGGAACCAGGUUUACACGAUCCACGCCGAAUCAACUAUAUAGACGGAUAUUUGAGAGCCCUUCACGCAGCUAUAACCAAAGAUGGAUGUAACGUAUACGGGUACACCUACUGGAGUCUUAUAGAUAACUUUGAAUGGACCAGAGGAUACUCUGAGCGGUUCGGUCUGUUCGAGGUGGAUUACAAUUCAGAUGAACGCGUCCGCACGCCGCGACAGUCAGCCGCGUACUACUCAAAUAUUGCUACCACAAAAUGCUUACCCGAUACAUACUCCGGAUAUAAAUUAUAGUUUUAAAAUAACAAUUGUUAUAAUAAAUAUAAAU